AUGAUCGAGAUAGCUGCAAGUGCCGGUGUCCCAUUUGUACCAGAUCCCGAUGUAAUGCGAGACGAUGAGGUUGCUCAAGCAGAGAAAAUGUUAAUUGAUUUCAAGCAAGCUGGUGCUACCGGAUUCAACGCCGGACCUCCAGGACCUCCUCCUCCUCCACCACCUUCCUCUACGGAUGGUCUUGGAUAUGGUUGGAAUCUUCCUCCAGGUUCUGUAGGUGGUCCACCUUUCCCACCAUCUAACCCACCGCCUCCACCUCCUGGACCAGGUGACGAUUUUGGAGGAGGCGGCGGCAGUGGAGGUCACAUUUAUGAAGUGCCGAACGUUUCACCUCAACGUGAAGACUUCAGUAAUCCUGCUCCCAAUUCCGCGCCACCAUCAGGAAUGAUACAGUUGCCCAAAAUUGGACCAAACGGUUUGCCUAUCUACCCAGGUCAAGAUGGUCCCACGUAUCCAACUCUGAGCCAGAGGGUAUGGUCUCAUUUUUAA